GAUUUGGACGCAGAUCCUUGCUUCUUGCUGUAGCUACAGCAGUUAGGAAGCUAAGCAUCAGAAAGUUGGUUUCUUUUGGUUAGGUAGGGGCAAGGCCACAGAAUUGGGGCAUUCGCUGCAAAUUAGAGGUUUGUGAGAGAUGGGUUCGUUCGGAAAGCUUGCAAAGAGGGCCUUGGAAACUGAGAUGCCGGUUAUGGUUCAGGUACUCUCUCUCAUGCAAGAAUUGCUCCGAGGAGCUAAGAAUGCCGUGUCUUUGGCCCAGGGGGUGGUUCAUUGGCAACCUCCCAAGCAAGCCUUGGAUAAGGUGAAAGGACUUGUAUGUGAACCUUCAAUUAGUCGUUAUGGUAAUGAUGAAGGUAUUCCUGAACUCAGAACAGCUUUAGUCAAAAAGUUGCGUGAUGAAAAUAAUUUGCACAAAUGUUCAGUAAUGGUUACAGCAGGUGCCAAUCAGGCAUUUGUGAAUCUAGUUCUUACUCUGUGUGAUCCAGGGGAUUCCGUGGUUAUGUUUGCUCCUUACUACUUCAACGCCUACAUGUCCUUCCAGAUGACUGGCAUUACCAAUAUACUAGUCGGUCCUGGUAACCCAGAAACACUUUAUCCGGAUGUAGAUUGGUUGGAAAGAAUAUUAUCAGAUACUAAACCUGCCCCAAAGCUAGUUACUGUUGUGAAUCCAGGCAACCCAACUGGAACUUACAUCCCAGAGUCCCUUUUAAAGAGGAUUUCAGAUCUCUGCAAGAAUGCUGGCUCUUGGCUUGUUGUGGAUAAUACAUAUGAGUAUUUUAUGUACGGGGAUCUGAAACAUUCUUGCGUGGAGGGAAAUCACAUUGUUAAUGUUUUCUCAUUCUCAAAAGCAUAUGGAAUGAUGGGAUGGCGGGUUGGAUAUAUAGCAUACCCCUCUGAAGUAGAAGGGUUUGCGGCCCAACUUCUCAAGGUGCAAGACAACAUUCCCAUCUGUGCUUCAAUAUUAUCACAGCAUCUUGCCCUCUUUUCAUUGGAAAUAGGGCCUCAGUGGGUUGUAGACAGGGUAAGAAGUCUUGACAAGAACAGAGAAAUUGUUUUAGAAGCCCUGUCCCCUCUUGGAGAGGGUUCAGUAAAAGGAGGAGAAGGUGCUAUAUACCUGUGGGCAAAGCUCCCUGAUGGAAAUGCUUAUAAUGAUUUUGAAGUUGUUCACUGGCUAGCUAACAGGCAUGGGGUGGCAGUAAUCCCAGGAAGUGCCUGUGGUUGUCCUGGCAAUCUUAGAAUUUCAUUUGGAGGCUUGACGGAGAACGAUUGCAGGGCAGCCGCAGAAAGACUCAAGAAUGGCUUACAAGAAUUGGUUAGAGAUGGAUUGCUGCAGUGACUGAAAUUAAUCUUCAACCCUCACGCGCCUAAAGUGGAAAAAGAAACAAAGAUUUCAGUUUGCAACUGGUGCAUUUGAAUAAAUGGAGGAUUUGCUUUCUACCCGGUUAAGUUGUUAGGGUUGAUUUCGUUGGUAAAAGAGGAAUGAAAUUCGCUAUAUUUCCUUUAUGUAGUAUCUACUACAUGGAGGUAUAUAACUGAUUCAAAUAGUUUGUGACAGGUGUGAGUGUGGAGUACACAACAUUUAUCUGAAUGAUUGAAAAUUUGAAAUUGAACUAUCAUAAAAUCUGGCCGAAUUUGUUGGAGCCUUCUUUUUUAUUUUAUAUUUAUUGUAGCAGCCUUCUUGUUGUUGUCUAUGAAAGCUCUAUGGAUAUUUAUUUUAUCUAUUGUUCCCACGAGAGUUACUGCAGGGUGGUUGUGGUCUAUUUAUGAGUGUCGGACUCAUUAGACCU